AUGGCAAAGUUGUAUGCAAUUGUGUUGAUCGCACUAGCAAUUGUGCAUGCAAGUGCAAGAGAUGUUCCAAAUGAUAAUACAAAACCUAUUGAGAAAGAGACGGUGGUGAAAACUGCUUAUGCUCCGGCGGCGCACGGUGUCGGUGAUGAGAAAAACUUCAUAGCUUAUGGCGGCGGCGUUGGUGGCUGGGCUGGCAUUGGCUACGCCGGUGGGAUACCGCUGAUUGGCGGCGCAAGUGGAAUUGGAGGGGUAGGUGGGCUAGGGGGUUUGGGAGGGAUUGGCGGUGCUGCCGGUGGACUAGGCGGAGUUGGAGGCGCCGCCGGUGCAGGUGGUGUAGGCGGAAUUGGAGUUGGCGGCCAUGUUGUACCUUGA